AUGCACGCGAAGAAAGCCUGUCGAGUUUCCAGCAGCGUACUUCUGGGCGCCCUCCUCGUGCAUGCCACCAUCUGGGUUGUGUCCGCAGACACCUCCGGACCGCUUCCCUCGGCCAUCGAGAGGGCAGAGAAGCACGUCAACGAGCUCUCCAAGAUCCUGGUGGACUUGAAAAAAAGCGUUCGUCCUCAAGACUGCAGCGAUCUUCAAAGGGCCGGCCAGAUUAACAGCGGCGUGUACGUCAUCUUCCCAACUACUGACUCUUUUGGAGUCGCUGUGUACUGUGACAUGGCGACUGAAGGCGGCGGGUGGACAACGAUUCAGAAGAGGGGCCAGUUCGGCAACAGCGUCUACUAUUUCUACCGCAAUUGGACGGAGUACACUCAGGGAUUUGGUGAUCCGAACAAGGAAUACUGGAUUGGAAACAACGUACUUCACGACUUGACUUCUCAAGAGAGGAAAUACGUGCUCAGGAUUGAACUGAAAAAUCACACUGGUGAAACCAUCGUCGUGGUCUAUCCAACAUUCAAGGUUGCCAACGAGGCUGAAGAGUACAAGCUCUCUCUCGCGGGUUUUACUGGGCCAUCAGGUUCGGACGCGCUCAGUUACGCGGACGGCGCGAGUUUCAGCACUUUCGACCGGGACCACGACGUGGACGCUCGAAACUGCGCCCAAGAGUACCGCGGGGGCUGGUGGUACGUCGGGUGCCACCAGAGCAACCUGAACGGCCUCAACUUGAACGGAGCCCACUCCAGCUAUGGCGACGGCAUCGAGUGGUCUGCUCUCCGGGAGGACCAGCAGCGAUACUCUUACCCGGAGGUCACGAUGAAGAUCCGGGAAAUCGACUUCCUUCCGGAUAUAUAUUUUUUUGCCCGGUCAGGGAGGACUUCCACCUCGGGGUAGUGCGAUUCGUAAUGCGGAGCCCAAUUCCUCUGAAGUUUGACCAGCCCUACUGUGUGAAAGACCUUAGAAGUCGUUGCUUUUGCUGGGACGCAGCAACAGCUCGGAUUGACGCUGCCUGUUGUCAAUGCGGGCCACGUCUAUGCACUCGAAGCCCCAAUCGCACCGCUCGCACAUUCUA